AUGCUGCAAUGCGUUUCUGCUGUCACGGACAGGUUCAGCCUGCUUGCUGGACAGCAGACCUACCAGUUUUUGAUGCUCGGCCUAGAAGGGGCCGGAAAGACCACCUUCCUGUACAAGUUGAGAAUCAACGGGUACAAGAAAGAUGAUGUUAAGAAAGACAUGAAAUUCCUGAAGAAGGACAAGAAAGAUCCUGGGUACCACUUCGAAGAGUUUAGCAGCCCAUCCAUUGGGCAGUAUGGCAUUUGGGAAGUGCCCGGGGACGACGUGUUGCGGCCCAUGUGGCCGAUGUUUUACAGGUAUCUGCACAUCCAUUGCGUGAUCUUUGUGGUAGACGCUUUCUCUCCGGACUGCUUCGAUCUCACCAAGGAGAACUUUCACAGGCUCAGCAAGGCAAGGGAUUGCCUCUUCCACCUCCUCAAUGAGGACGAGCUGCGGGUCUCCGUGUUCUUUCUGGUUUUGAAUGUGGAUCGGAACACGGAGGAUGCCACGCGCAAUGAAGAAGAGGAGCAAAAUGACAAUGCGCUCUUCGAGAUGCUGGGCGUGCCAGAGAUUGAGCAGAUGGCACACUUGAAGACACGGUUCCGGAAGGUCGUCAUGAACUGUGCCAACAUAACGCGGAAAGACUCCAACUGGGAGAACAUGCUGAAGGAGUUCCGGAAGAUGCAAGUGCAAAUUCAGGGAGAGAUUUGA